AUGUCAAAUAUAACCGAAAUAAUCAACGGAAAGAGUUUCAAGGACGACACUAUAUUAGUAAGUGACAAGAUGCUUUCAUAUUUUACCAUGAUAAACACAUGGGGGUUAGGUCAGUGUGUGACCAUCUUUGGGCUGAUUGUGAAUUUACUAAACAUCGUGGUCUUUGUCCGACAAGGUCUGCAUGACUCUGUCAACAUCAGCCUUCUUGGGCUCAGCGUUUCUGACUUUGGAUCGUUGUUUGUGCAUUUCUUUGCCAACCUCUGCUGGACGCCAGAUAUCAUGAGGAUGGACCUGCCAUUCUACCCUACACAUCUCAUGUACAUUCUUAUUUACACGCAUGUUGUCUUUUCCAGGGCGACUACUGGAAUAACCGCCUGGAUCACCUUUGAACGAUGUUUGUGCGUUGUGACUCCACUGAAAAUCAAAUCCAUCGUCACACCCAGACGAACUUUGACCUUUAUUAUUGUGUUCUACAUCCUCAUGUUCUUGUCAGUGAUCCCUGUGUUCUACACUACAAAAGUCGUCUGGUUAUUUGAUUCCCGCCGGAAUAAAUCUAUUCUGGGAGUUGCCAGAAUUACACACAAUGCAUACGUAGAAAAAGUCGCAUUCUGGAUAAAUAACGUACUACCAACAGCUUUCUUUAUAUUUAUCAGUGUAUGUACAAGUAUUCUGACGAAGGCAUUGAGGGAAAACUCAAAAUGGAAGGCAAACUCUGUAUCUUCACAAAAGAAUACUGUUAUUUCACUCAGGGACACAAGAAUCUCCAAGAUGGUAGUGAGUAUCUCCGCUGUUUUCAUUGCCUGCUACACUCCAGGAACUGUUGUUUUUAUGUUUGUUCUCAUUUUCCCGGAAAUGAGGUAUGCAGGCAAACAGAAGAAUUUACUUGUGGCC